AUGUCCAAGAAGCCAUUUAACUGGUGGUUGUGGACCAAGGUCCUGCUUGGUGGAGCUGCCAUCUCCGUCGGCGGUCCCUACCUUACCAUGAAGCUCAUCCCAACUCAAGAGGAACUGUUCAAGCGAUACAAUCCCGACCUGCAGAAGAGAAGCUUGGAGAAUAAGGAUAAGAGGGAGCAGGAGUUCGACGAUUUCGUCUCUAUGAUUAAGCAGGCGUCCAAGUCUGACAAGCACAUUUGGAUAUCUCUGAAGGAGAUGGAGGAUGAGAGGAAGAAGAAAGAGAGGGCCCAGAUGCGACAGGAUGCGGCGGAUGCUCGGGCGAGAAGGCAACAGAUGCGUCUCGAGGCUGGACUCGAAGCGACCGAGUAA